AUGUACUGGCCGGCUGCCACCCCGCGUGUCUUCAGCACGAGCACCAGCACCGACACCGAGGCCGCUGUCCCCGCCGUGACGAUCUCUCAUGAUGGCCUGCCUCCUCCACCCGCCUCGGGCCCGUCUGCGUCGCCACUGCUGUCGCAGGAGCAGCAGAGCAGGCGUCCAUCGACUCUCUCAGCCGACCAACCGCAGUUGUCCCGUACCGCGUCCAAUACCAGCCAGCAUUCGAAUCACGACUCCCUCGGCAUACCGGUUCCCGCCGCUUCUCCUCGGGCACCGACCACACCCUUGACACCAAUGACACCCGCGAUCAAGUCUGUCGAGCACGGCUAUUACGGGAAUGAUGGCUUCGGCGACGGCUUCUACCCGCGCCGUGUGUCGCCGCUUGUCGUGCCGUCAUCCGAGCCCAUCCUUGCCUUGCGAAUGUCUCGUACGAGCCAAUUCUUCGCCACCAUCACAGCGACGUCAAUGACGAUCUGGCAGACAAAACCGACUGUCAUUCUGGCUGUCAUUGUGCGCUCGGAAGGAUCUCUGGCAUCCUACGGCGAGAACGUUGACCUCUUCGUCCGUCCCGACUGUGCCAUUCUAGUUGUGUACACAAGUCGAGGCUUCCUUAUCACCUACUCCAUGGCCACCUCCCGUGAGACAGAAGUCUACCGGCCGCAGUUCACCAACCCCACCAACAUCCAACGCCGUCGCCAGAACCACGUUGGCGACCCUGGCCACGACCAUCCCGAGCAAAUUCUUUGGGGCCCUGGCGAGGGGCCCGGCAUACGCGAUGUCAGCAUCCGAUUUCGAAUGGUGAUCAAGGUUGAUGCAGGCAUUGAGAGUGCUCUAGCCUUGGAUGACGAGCUUGUUGUGGCUACAACGAAGCCUGCUGCCGUACAGUGCAUUCGCUGGGCGCCGGACAACAACGGAAGCCAGACCAGCACGGAGCUGCUGAGCCGCAUGGGCUGGUUGGAUAAGAAAGCAACCGUCCGUGAGAUGAUCUUCGACAAGCCAAUGAGUCUCUCUACGUGGGUGACCAAUGACGGCAAGGUUUAUGCUGUGCAGCGCAACACAGACUCCUCGUUGCGGUCCACGACACCUGCAAAUACCACCGAUGCGCCGUCAACAAUAGUUCCACCCCCCUCGGCGUCCGACCCGCUGGACACACCUGCCACCAUAACUACCACGACAACAACUGCCUCCAGUACUACAUCUACUACUACGGAUGCCCCAGUGGCCACUUCCGCGUCUUCGUCGUCUUCUUCUUCCACACACUCCACCUCAUCUCACAAAAAGCUCUUCCGGGGAUAUAACCUCCACCACCCCAAUUCCGAUGACGAGCAUGCCAUACGGGCUAUCAUCAACGCCCGUUUUUCUCUUAUUGCCGUGGGGUGCGUGGAUGGAAUUGUGCGCGUAUAUUCUGUCAAAGACUACGUGGGAAGCAUUCCACUAAGCCAUACCCACGUGCCGCCUGUAUCGGUUUUGACCACUGGCCGCCUGACAAAAAUGGCAUACUCGCCCGAUGGGUACUGCCUGUUUGCGGGUUACGAAAAUGGCUGGGUGACAUGGAGUGUUUACGGCAAGCUUCUGGGCCACUCCUUUAACAGCGAACGCGCCAUGGCAGACAAAAAUAACGAGGAGUGGUUGACUGGUAUACGGGAUGUAUCGUGGGUUGGCCAGUCGGGCGACGUCUUGCUUGUCGCCAAGGAAAGCUCAGCCAUCUGGUUUUUGGAAAUGGCAAGGAGUGCCUCUGCCGGUUGCUAUAGUCACUCGAAUUUGUUUCGCACCGUAUUGCACACCAACCAGAACAUUAUGGUGUACCGGGGCUACGACCUACCGGAUAUGACAAGCAUCUCGGCCGAGCCUUCGCUUUGGCAUACAGCUCGCAUCCCUGCCAACUAUCUCUUAAACCAGUGGCCCAUCCGCUGUGCGGUUAUCAGCUCAGACGGCCGCUAUGUGGCCGUUUCGGGGCGCAGGGGCCUCGCACACUACAGUAUCAACAGCGGUCGCUGGCGAACGUUCGCCAAUAAAGCUGCGGAAGAUGAGUUUCAAGUUCGUGGCGGUAUGUGUUGGUACCGCAAUACGCUGAUCGCUGCCGUAGAGGCAAACCGAUCAUUCGAGUUGCGGCUCUACGAACGCGAGGCGAUCCUUGACAACAAUAACAUCGUCUUUAGGGAACCCAUGAAGUCUCCCAUCGUCCUUAUCACCACAACCGGAGAAGACUCCUUGCUGGUGUAUACCUACGAGAACAUCCUUUAUCACUACAUAUUUGUCCCUGCAGCUAAUGGAUCCUUGCGGCUUAUGCGCAUGGGCCACAUUGGAUUUCAUGGGAUUGUACGCAGUCCUGCGCGUGUUCGUGGUUUGAGCUGGGUCCUCCCAGAAGGCCAGUUAUACGAUGGCGACCCCUCGUUGGAUGUAUCUAUGGCAUCCGUGUUGUUCCUGGUUGACGGCAAGCUCGUCCUCUUCCAACCGUCUAGAAAUGAGCACGGCGGAAUCAAAUACGACAUGCGCAUUAUUGCUCAGACGGUGGAGUUUUACGUUUGCAUGAAGGAUCAGCCAUUUUCUUUCUUGCCCGCUGCCGCUAGAGAGACACCUGUCGCGCCCGGAUCUAUCGACUCUGACGAGACACUGCAGAACUCUCUUUGGCUCUUUGAUGCAGGCGAGCUUAAACUGUGGACUGACACCCACGCGGCCCUCGAUGCGGUGGCAAACGGCACCGUGCAGCCACCCAUCACCAUCGAUCUGGAUUUCUACCCCCUGUCUAUCCUUCUCUCCAAAGCCCUUGUUUUGGGCGUUGAACCCGACCUAGUGCAGCGGCGGGACGUCAACUUUUCCUUUUUUCGGUACAACAUACGGACGCAUCUCUUCCUACCUGACGUUCUCCGUGCCUACUUGGGCGAAAACAAGGCUCUCCCUGCCCUACGGCUCGCACAGCAGUAUCAGCACCUUGCAUAUUUCGCACACGCAUUGGAGGUUCUCCUGCAUCAGGUUCUUGACGAGGAAGUCGAUUCAGCGCCAAAGCCUGAAGCAGCCGUCUUGCCGCGUGUGCUUUCACUUUUGUCGAGCUUCCGUGCGUAUCACGAUAUUGUCGUGCAAUGCACCCGCAAGACUGAAGUGCGAUCCUGGCGCACGCUUUUCGCCUACCUUCCGCCACCACAAGAGCUGUUUGAAGAGUCGUUGCUGCGUGGCAGUCUCAAGACGGCCGGGGGCUACCUGCUGAUCUUGCACACAUUUGAUGCACUAGCCACAGCUAGUGAGCAAGGUGUUCGGCUUCUGAGACAGGCCAUGCAGGAGGGCGACUGGGAGCUGUGUAAAGAACUCGCACGUUUCUUAGCGGCCAUGGAUGAUAGUGGGCAGACGCUGAAGGAAGCUGUGGCGUUGGCCAACACCGCAGGUGCCGACGACGGCGAAGGCAGUGUCGCGUCUGGUCAUGCAGGCGGGCCGUCGUCCUCUCUCGCGGCGACUGGAGCCAGUAGCCGUCUUGCUGUUCCCGGGCGCAACAGCAAUACGAGCCAGUCCGAAUCGGAUGCUGUGUCUACUAGCGAUGAUGGCAAUAGCAUUGACUCAAGUACGGUCAGUGGGCACUGA